AUGUCAACAACAUACACAUGCAACACGUGUGUUCAGCAGUUUCCCAACUCGGAAACGCAGCGUGAACACAUGAAGACGGACUGGCACAGAUACAAUCUCAAGCGAAAGGUGGCCGGUCUGCUGCCCAUCGCUGCCAACGUGUUUGCGUCCAAGGUGCUCCAGCAGUCCGAGGCUGUUCCCGAGCGACGACAGAAGCAGAUCACAAAGAAGGAGAUGAAGUACCAGGAGCGGAUGGCCCGACGAGUCGUGCGACCCUCAUCCCCCACCGAGUCCCAGGCGUCUGAGUUUUCUCUGGGCUACGGCUCGGGCGUUGAUACUCCCACUGAGGGCGAUGCCAUCCACGAGACUGCCACAAACGGAGACGAGUCUUCGGAUGUGUCUUCUUCCCUAUCUGAAGACCUCAACACAAAGCUCAAGCACCUUAAUCUCGAUGAAGAGACCCUGCAGAGCGUCAAGCAUCUCGACACAGAUACCAUCAACAAGCUGGCACUGCGACGAGCCAUCCCCAACACGGACUGUGUGGUGUGCGGCGUGCAUAACGACUCCGUGGAAGCCAACGUUGAGCACAUGACCAAAAAGUACUCUCUGUACAUUCCCGAGCAGAAGUAUCUUACCGAUCUCGCCGGGCUCAUGUCCUACCUGGGCCAGAAGGUCGGUCUCGGCUUUGAGUGUCUGUCGUGCUCUUUUGUGGGCCGAUCGCUCGAGUCUGUGAGACAGCACAUGCUCAUGAAGGGCCACGUGCGAAUUCCCUAUGAGUCUGAGGACGAGAAGCUCGAGCUGGGAGAUUUUUACGACUUCACCUCGUCCUAUGAUAAGAAGUUGCCUGUUUCUGAUGCCGUGGCCAACGACGAUGAGGACUGGGAGGAUGACGAUGAGGAGAUCAACUCCGACGACGAGUACGACGACGGAAUGCUCUAUACCGACGAGACCGGCACCCAGCUGGCUCUGCCCUCCGGUGCACGAAUCGGACACAGAUCCAUGGCCCGGUACUACAAACAGUCUCUCAAGCCCGAGCCUCGAGACGGCCAAGCCACUGUCAAUGCUGUGGACAUUCGACGGCCCGAUGUCAGAGACCCUGCUGCUUUCAGAGAGCAGAAGAAGAUUUGGAAGGAGGAGAAGCGGGUUGCCAACAGGAAGGAUGCAUGGGAGUUGCGACGAAACAACUUCCAGAAGCAUUACCGAGACGAGUUGCUGCAGUAA